AUGCUGGACCCUUCAUCCAGCGAAGAGGAAUCGGACGAGAUCUUGGAGGAGGAGAGCGGCAAGGAUGUGCUCGGCUCGGCCGCGUCCGGCGCGCGCCUGUCUCCCAGCCGCACCAGCGAAGGCUCGGGCGGCGGCGCCGGGCUGGGGGGCGGCGGCGGCGCCGGGGCCGGAGCUGGCGCCGGCGGCGGCGGGAGCAGCGGCGCGAGCGGCGGCGGCGGGGCCGGGGGGCUGCAGCCCAGCAGCCGCGCCGGUGGCGGCCGGCCCUCCAGCCCCAGCCCGUCGGUCGCGAGCGAGAAGGAGAAGGAGGAGUUGGAACGGCUGCAGAAAGAGGAGGAGGAGAGGAAGAAGAGGCUGCAGCUCUACGUGUUCGUGAUGCGCUGCAUCGCCUACCCCUUCAACGCCAAGCAGCCCACCGAUAUGGCUCGCCGGCAGCAGAAGAUCAGCAAACAGCAGCUGCAGACAGUCAAGGACCGGUUUCAGGCUUUUCUCAAUGGGGAAACCCAAAUCGUGGCUGACGAAGCCUUUAUGAACGCUGUCCAGAGUUACUACGAGGUGUUCCUGAAGAGCGACCGCGUGGCCCGCAUGGUGCAGAGUGGAGGCUGCUCCGCCAACGACUCGCGGGAGGUCUUCAAGAAGCACAUCGAGAAGAGGGUGCGCAGCCUGCCCGAGAUCGACGGCCUCAGCAAGGAGACCGUGCUGAGCUCCUGGAUGGCCAAGUUUGAUGCCAUUUACCGCGGGGAAGAGGACCCCAGGAAGCAGCAGGCCCGGAUGACAGCCAGCGCAGCUUCCGAGCUCAUUCUGAGCAAAGAGCAACUCUACGAGAUGUUCCAGAACAUUCUUGGGAUCAAGAAGUUCGAGCAUCAGCUCUUGUACAACGCCUGCCAGCUGGACAAUCCAGAUGAGCAAGCAGCCCAGAUCAGACGAGAGCUGGACGGACGUCUCCAAAUGGCAGACCAAAUAGCCAGGGAACGCAAAUUUCCCAAGUUUGUAUCCAAAGAAAUGGAAAACAUGUACAUUGAAGAGCUGAAGUCAUCCGUCAACCUGCUCAUGGCUAAUUUGGAGAGCAUGCCAGUUUCCAAAGGCGGCGAGUUCAAGCUUCAGAAACUCAAACGCAGCCACAACGCUUCCAUCAUCGACAUGGGUGAGGAGAGUGAAAACCAGCUCUCCAAGUCAGACGUCGUGUUAUCUUUCUCCCUGGAGGUGGUGAUCAUGGAAGUCCAAGGCCUCAAAUCUUUAGCUCCAAAUCGCAUUGUAUAUUGCACGAUGGAGGUGGAAGGAGGAGAGAAACUACAGACCGACCAGGCCGAGGCUUCAAAACCAACCUGGGGCACCCAGGGUGACUUCUCUACGACCCAUGCACUGCCCGCCGUGAAGGUGAAGCUGUUCACAGAGAGCACAGGAGUCCUGGCCUUGGAGGACAAGGAACUGGGACGGGUUAUUCUCCAUCCCACUCCCAACAGCCCCAAACAGUCAGAGUGGCACAAAAUGACAGUCUCCAAAAACUGCCCCGAUCAAGACCUCAAAAUCAAACUUGCCGUCCGAAUGGAUAAGCCUCAAAACAUGAAGCAUUCUGGGUAUUUAUGGGCCAUCGGUAAGAAUGUCUGGAAGAGAUGGAAGAAAAGAUUUUUUGUCUUAGUGCAGGUGAGUCAGUACACGUUUGCCAUGUGCAGUUACCGGGAGAAAAAAGCGGAGCCUCAGGAACUUCUCCAACUGGAUGGCUACACUGUGGAUUACACGGACCCCCAGCCAGGUUUGGAGGGUGGCCGAGCCUUCUUCAAUGCAGUCAAAGAAGGAGACACCGUGAUAUUUGCAAGUGAUGAUGAGCAAGAUCGCAUUCUCUGGGUCCAAGCCAUGUACCGGGCUACCGGUCAGUCACACAAGCCUGUGCCCCCAACCCAAGUCCAGAAACUCAACGCCAAGGGAGGGAACGUGCCUCAGCUGGACGCCCCCAUCUCCCAAUUUUACGCAGAUAGAGCUCAAAAACAUGGCAUGGAUGAAUUUAUCUCUUCCAACCCCUGUAACUUUGACCACGCUUCCCUCUUUGAGAUGGUGCAACGUCUUACUUUGGAUCACAGACUUAAUGAUUCCUAUUCUUGCCUGGGCUGGUUCAGUCCUGGCCAGGUGUUUGUACUAGACGAGUAUUGCGCCCGAAAUGGAGUCCGAGGGUGUCACCGACAUCUCUGUUACCUCAGAGAUUUGCUUGAACGGGCAGAAAAUGGCGCCAUGAUUGACCCCACCCUCCUUCACUAUAGCUUUGCCUUCUGUGCAUCCCACGUCCAUGGGAACAGGCCUGAUGGAAUUGGAACUGUGACUGUUGAAGAAAAGGAACGUUUUGAAGAAAUCAAAGAGAGACUCCGAGUUCUGCUGGAAAAUCAGAUUACACAUUUUAGGUAUUGCUUUCCAUUUGGUCGACCUGAAGGUGCUUUGAAAGCUACCCUCUCGCUCUUGGAAAGGGUCUUGAUGAAAGAUAUUGUUACCCCAGUACCACAAGAGGAGGUAAAAACAGUCAUCCGUAAAUGUCUAGAGCAGGCUGCUUUAGUCAACUAUUCUCGGCUGUCAGAGUAUGCCAAAAUCGAAGAGAAUCAAAAGGACGCAGAAAAUGUAGGCCGGUUAAUCACUCCUGCCAAAAAGCUGGAAGACACAAUACGUCUUGCUGAACUAGUCAUUGAAGUUCUUCAGCAGAAUGAGGAACACCAUGCAGAGCCACAUGUUGAUAAAGGAGAAGCCUUUGCGUGGUGGUCAGACUUGAUGGUGGAACACGCCGAGACGUUCCUGUCACUCUUUGCAGUGGACAUGGAUGCAGCACUAGAGGUGCAGCCCCCAGACACAUGGGACAGUUUUCCACUGUUUCAGCUGCUGAAUGAUUUUCUCCGGACCGACUAUAAUUUGUGCAAUGGAAAAUUUCACAAACACCUGCAAGACCUGUUUGCCCCACUUGUGGUUAGAUAUGUGGAUUUGAUGGAGUCCUCAAUUGCACAAUCCAUUCACAGGGGCUUUGAGCGGGAGUCAUGGGAACCAGUCAAGAGUUUAACCAGUAAUCUACCCAAUGUGAACCUACCCAAUGUGAACCUUCCCAAAGUACCAAAUCUACCAGUUAACAUCCCUCUAGGCAUCCCACAAAUGCCUACUUUUUCGGCACCGUCAUGGAUGGCUGCUAUAUAUGAUGCUGAUAACGGAUCAGGCACUUCCGAAGAUCUGUUCUGGAAACUUGAUGCCCUUCAGACCUUCAUUCGGGACUUGCACUGGCCUGAAGAAGAGUUUGGAAAGCACCUGGAACAACGGCUAAAGCUGAUGGCAAGUGACAUGAUUGAAUCUUGUGUCAAAAGAACCAGGAUUGCAUUUGAAGUUAAGCUGCAAAAAACCAGUCGAUCAACAGAUUUUCGAGUCCCACAGUCAAUAUGCACCAUGUUUAAUGUUAUGGUUGAUGCCAAAGCUCAAUCAACAAAACUUUGCAGCAUGGAAAUGGGCCAAGAGCAUCAAUACCAUUCAAAAAUAGAUGAACUAAUUGAAGAAACUGUUAAAGAAAUGAUAACACUCUUGGUUGCAAAGUUUGUUACAAUCCUGGAAGGAGUGCUGGCAAAAUUAUCCAGAUAUGACGAGGGGACUUUGUUUUCUUCUUUUUUGUCAUUUACCGUGAAGGCAGCUUCCAAAUAUGUGGAUGUACCUAAACCCGGGAUGGACGUGGCCGAUGCCUACGUGACUUUCGUCCGUCACUCUCAGGAUGCCCUUCGUGAUAAGGUCAAUGAGGAGAUGUAUAUAGAAAGGUUAUUUGAUCAAUGGUACAGCAGCUCCAUGAACGUGAUCUGUACCUGGCUGACGGACCGGAUGGACUUACAGCUUCACAUUUAUCAGUUGAAAACACUAAUUAGGAUGGUAAAGAAAACCUAUAGAGAUUUCCGACUGCAAGGAGUCCUGGACUCAACCUUAAACAGCAAGACCUACGAAACCAUCCGGAACCGUCUCACUGUGGAGGAGGCCACAGCGUCCGUGAGCGAGGGCGGGGGUCUGCAGGGGAUCAGCAUGAAGGACAGCGAUGAGGAAGACGAAGAGGACGAUUAGAACGCUUGGGCCUCGAGUCCACUAGGCCAGAGUCUUGUAAUCAAUGCAUGUCCUUAGUCUGUUAGUUAACCCCAUUAUGGAAUUUUCUGUCAACUACCAUGCCAUGAGAUGUGUACUGAUGAUACAACUGCCAUUUUAGCUACGUGGUACCAAGAUUAGCAAACGACCUUCGACUCUACGAUUUCCUGAAUCCAUGUCUAUCUGUUUACAAGCAAUAUGGAGCACCAUUCUUUAAAUACCAUUUAUGGAGAAUACAUAGCUCAGUUGCUAGGUGUACCCUGUUAUCAGCAGAGUUCAGUGAUCCUUCAUCAGUGUGCUGUGUGCGCGUCGACGGUAAAUGGAUGUGAGGGCGAGUACGCCAGGUCCUUUCUUUGUUUCCCAUAUGUGGAUGCCGGUUACUUAAAGGAGUACAAUAAAUGAAUUUAACUAAGACACGUAGAUCUGCUUUGUUUUUUGAAAAACAGAAGGCAAGUCUCCAAUAACCAACUUUCCGUUCUUUCUGUUCCCCUAAAACUGAAAAAUGAACCCUUGGUGUCCUUGUUAACCCAUCCUUUCAUUUAUCCAGAUAGUUACCCAAAAAAGGAUGGCUACAUACCAAUGGAUUGAUCCUCCUAGUUGCCACGGCAAGGGCGAUCCUAUCAUAACAUCCAGCACAGUUCAGAGUGACUGUCUUCUAUCAAAGUUCAUCCUAUUAAAUGUUAUGUUUUGCUUUUAUGUUUCAAUAACCGUGUAUGUAAAAAAAAAAAAAAAAAAAAAGACCUGAAUAUUUAAAUUAUGACCCUAGACUAUAAAUGUGUUUAUAAUAA